GUGAUAAACUCAUGCUCUGGCCCUGGGGCUGGGCUGUGGGCAGAGGAGCAGUGCUGCAGCGUCUAAAAUGCAGGUUCUGCUUCACACCCCUCUGGAGCUGGGGGCUCCUCCUGAUAGCCAAAGCCCAAAUGCUUUCCCUCCUCAGCUGGAAUGGGGAGGGGAUGCUUUCCCUGGCUGUGGGAGGGAAUCCCAUAGACCCUGCUAAGCCCCUAAAAAUCCAUACUGGACACAGGGAAACCUGAGACUCCCACCUGGCCCUGGCCCAGCCCCAGCCGGCCAGCUUUCCUCUUCUGAACUCUUAAAAUAAUCCCUGUCUCCAUGAAGUGCCAAAAGUGUUUUUAAAGCCUGGUUCCAGGAGCUGGUGAAGGGAAUGGGAAGGAAAGGAGCAAGGGGGCAGCAGGAGUAGAAGAGGGAAUCAAUGUGCACAGUGUGCAGCAGAAGUACAGCUGCUCUCCAGCUCUCUUUAAAGGAGUAAAGUGCUGAAGAUCACACUGCCUGUUCCCCACAACCUGGUUCCCCACUGCCUCCAUCCCCUCGUGCCAGGAUCUGCUGCACUGCUGGGCCAUGGAGGAGCAGGUGCAGGAGGAGAUGCCGCCAGCCCAGCACACAGGAGGCCACCACCCCGUGCAGGAGGGAGAGGUGUUCAACACGCGAUACCAGGCACUGCGUGAGCUGGGCUGCGGCGCCUUUGCCACCGUCUGGCUGUGCCAGGACAUGAGGAGGAAGAAACAAGUAGCUGUGAAGGUCCUGAAAAGCAGGGAAGGCUUUGCUGAUACUGCCCAGGAUGAGGUCACUCUCCUCCGCUGUGUGAACUGUAUGAAGAAGAAGGAUCGAGCAGGAGAAAAUAUCGUCUCUUUGUUAGAUGACUUCAGAAUGAUUGGAGAGAAUGGCUUCCAUAUGUGCCUGGUAUUUGAGGUGCUGGGUCCUUCCCUGCGAUGUCUGAUGGGAAACUACACAACUCAGGGACUGCCUUUGCCUUUUGUGAAAAAAUCUUUACAGCAGGUGCUGGCAGGGCUGUACUUCCUGCACAAGCGCUGCCGCAUCAUCCACGCGGACAUCAAACCGGAGAAUAUCCUACUGUAUGGACACGACAAAAGCCUCCAAAGGCUUCUCGUGGAUAUGCUUGACUGUGGCCAGAGAACACAUGUGAAGCUGAAGGGAGCAGGAGGUGAUCCUGGCAAUCAGUUGGAAGAAUCUGAUUUAAUGAGCAUAGAAGUGAAAAUUGCAGAUCUAGGCAGCGCGUGCUGGACAUACAAGCCCUUCUCCAAGGAGAUACAGACCCAGCCAUACCGUGCCCUGGAAGUGCUUCUUGGAUUAGACUAUGGCACUCCUGCGGAUAUCUGGAGCACAGCCUGCCUGGCAUUUGAAAUGGCAACUGGGGAGUGUCUAUUUGAUCCUCAACCUGGGAAAUAUUUCUCCAGAGAUGAUGAUCAUGUUGCUCGUAUUAUCGAACUCCUGGGAAGAAUUCCUCCUCAAAUUGCUUUCUCAUGGAACAAGUCAACAAAAUUUUUCAGCAGGCCAGGCGCGCUCCUGCGGUUCUCCCGGCUCUGCCCCCGCAGCCUCCCCGGCACCCUGGCGGACCGGCACGGCUGGACCCCGCGGGCGGCGGCCGCCUUCGCCGCCUUCCUGCUGCCCGCGCUGCACUACGCGCCCGAGCGCCGCGCCAGCGCCGCGCAGAGCCUGCGGCACGCCUGGAUCACCGCGCCGUGACCGGGCCUGCCGGCGGGGGCCAGACCGCCCUCCCGCCGGGGCGGCGAGGCCACGGCGGGAGCUGCUGCCCUCCCACCGCCCCCGGUGCGCGGCCUCCUUCGAGCGGCCCCGGCUGAGCAUCCCCAGCGUUAUCCCGCCGCGCCCGGGCUCCGCUCUCUUCCUCUCGCGUCCCUGCAGCGCUGCGAACGGCACAGAGCGCUCCCUCCGUGCACUGGCACCGGGCAGAGCCCCCCGGCCGAGCGCGGGCAGAGAGCGCCGCGGGGCCCCUCCUCCCGCCGAGGGGCCGCCCCUCCGCCUCACGGCCCCCGCGGCCUUUGUUCGGGGCUCCUGGGACGGGGUCCGGCCGGCUGUGGGUGCGCUGGCCCCGCCGCCCCGGCCCGGGCGGGGCGGGUCCCGGUCGCGGCCCCGGGCGGUGCCCCCGGGACCCCUCGCCGGGA